ACAAGUUCUGAGGCUCGUUCCUGCUGCUCCCGGUCGGCGUCAGUAUUACCGCUGAGUUCGGAGCUACCGGAGGUCCCGUGGAUUCUCAGCCUACUCUACCGGACCGAUAAGCCGUCUAACUGACACCCGCAGAAACUUCACACCUGAGCCCUCUGUUUCCCCCGGAAGUUGUACACAAGCUAUCCGAGACGAUGCUUUUCUGUCUUUUGCCUCUUGCGGCUCUCUUGCUGCGCGCUGAGAGCAGACGGGGGGAAACAGUGCUCGGUAACAACAACAAUGGCCACGCGCUGGACAACGACAAAUGGCUGAGCACCGUGUCUCAGUACGACAAGGACAGAUAUUGGAACAAAUUCAGAGAUGAAGUUGAGGAUGACUACUUCAAAAGCUGGGGUCCUGCCAAGCCAAUUGACCAAGAGACAGAGGCGAGGCCCGGCAGACAUGGGGAACCUAGAACCAAAGCCCACUCCAACCCAGGGAAGAGGAGAACAGAGGAGGCUCUGGACGCCACUAAAAACCCAUGUCUGAAGGUACGCUGCCCUCCUCACAGGGUGUGUGUCAGCCACGACUAUCAGACAGCCAUCUGCACCAACACCAACCACAAGCAGCCUACACACAGUGUGAAACCGAGGAAAGGAAGCUUGGCCCAGAAACACUGGGCAGGGGCCCAUGGGAAGUGUAGGCCAUGCCCUGUCAUCCACCCCGGCCCUGUGUGUGGCUCUGACGGACACACCUACUCCUCCAAGUGUACGCUGGAGUUCGAGGAGUGUAAGUCAGGGAAGAGCAUCACUCUGAAGUGUGAGGGACCGUGUCCAUGUCUGCCUGGUCUGGAACUGGUCAAACCACACAGUGACAAAACAGAGAAGAACGUUUGCAGUGAUGGGGACCUGCAUAGCCUAGCAUCCAGACUGAAGGACUGGUUUGGAGUUCUCCACCUCGACGCCAACCGAGACCUCAAAUCCUCCGCCAACUCUGAUUCAGCGGCAGGACGUUUUGACACCAGUAUCUUGCCCAUCUGUAAGGACUCUCUGGGUUGGAUGUUCAACAAGCUGGACAUGAACUAUGACCUCCUGCUGGACCAAUCAGAGCUCAGUGCCAUCUACCUGGACAAGUAUGAGCUGUGUAUGAAGCCCCUGUUCAACUCCUGCGACUCCUUCAAGGACGGGAAACUGUCCAACAACGAGUGGUGCUACUGCUUCCAGAAACCUGACGGUCUGCCCUGCCAGAAUGAGAUGAACAGGAGUCAGACCCAGGGUCGGCGCAACACUGUCAUGGGGGUCUAUAUUCCACGCUGUUCUGAGGAGGGUUACUUUAAGCCAACCCAGUGUCGUGGUAGUACUGGACAGUGUUGGUGUGUAGACAAAUACGGCAACGAGAUCGCCGGCUCCAGAAAACAGGGCAACCCCACCUGUGAGGAGGACCAAGAGACCUCGGGGGAUUUUGGUAGCGGGGGCGCCGUCAUUCUCCUUGAUGACCAGGAGGAGGAGCCAGCUCAGAGUGGGAGGAGCCGGCAGAAGCAGAGGCGGGGCCGGAUCCAUCCCAGAGGGGCCAUUGAGGAUGACGAGGACGAGGAAGAUGACAAAGACGACGAGACUGGCUACAUCUGGUAGCUCCGCCCCCACCUGUUCUCCCAUCAACCAACCAGGGACCCCCGUUAACUCUGAACAGACCUGAAGCCAUUCCAGCGUCUCCUUCGUCCCACCCCCUACCCCUCAGCAUCAACUGACUAUCCCCUCCACUAUGCCUCUUGUUCACCUUGAAACGUUCUCUCCACUACUCCACCUUCAUAUAGUGUGCCCCUCCUACUCUCCUUCAGAUAAUAGAGACCUAUUCAAUUCAAACAAAGACUGUCUAGUCUCUUUUAAUGUGUGUCCCUCUGCUACUGCAACUGUCCUCAAACCCUUCAACCUUUGACUGACACAUUGCUAUAUCCCCUCUCUCUCUCUUUCUUGCUCUUACUCCCUCUCCCUCUCUCAUCUCCCCUUUCUCUCUCUUUAUCUGUCUCUGUGUGUCUCUGAGAGUCUCUUUGUCUGUCUGUGAGGCCAGAGACAGAUUCUAUGGUGUGUUCUGGGCCUUCUGUCAGAGACUCCGUGUUCCGCUCCCGGCCUCAGCCCUCAUGUUCUAGAAUACCAUAUUCUCUGGUUCCAUUAUAUUCUAUAGGCUCUUUGGUCGAGAAUAACGUUCUUGCUGUUAUUGAAUGUUCCAGGGUGCCCUAGAACCAGCAAGAGUGAUGAUGUGUUACUUUUUGUUGCAUGUUCCAUGACUACGCCCCUGCUGAAGAGAAGUUUGGGUGGGAAGAUACACUGAGUGUACAAAACAUUAGGGACACUUUCCUAAUAUUGAGUUGCACCCCGCCCUUUUGCCCUUAAAACA